AUGCAAUUAGCUGUAGCACUCUAUAAUAAUGAUGUUGAUGAUGAUGAUGAACUUGAAUUUCGUAAAGGUGAUAUAUUAACUGUACUUAUUGAAAAUCCGAAAGGAUUUGAUGGUUGGUGGUUAUGUAAACAUAAAAAUAAAUGUGGUUUAUGUCCUGAAAAUCGUUUAAAACUUAUUCAAAAUACAACAUCUUCGUCAAUACCAUCGAAUGAUUUUGUAAACUGUUGUUCUCGUCUAUCUACAAUAUCAAUGUAUGAUAGUUUAUCGAAUAGUUAUGAUAAAGCACCAUCAGAAUCAUCAUUAAAUCGUAAUUAUGAUAAUCGAGAAAAAUCAGACUUUAUUUGUAAUAUAAAAUCAUUUGAUUCAUCACCUGAUUCUUCAUCAAGAUCAUCCGGUAUUUAUUCAGCAAAUGAUCCUCAUUUAUCUUCAUCAUCAUCGGUUGAAUUUUUUGCAUCGAUUAAUAACGAUCAAUCGUUAUCUUUACUUGAUCUUAAUCAAUUAGAAAAUUCUUUUCGAAAACUAUCAAUUCAUUCAUUAAUUAUUGAUAAAUAUCGGCAACUUAUAUCUAAAACAAAUAAUAAUACAAUUCUUAAUUCAUUUAUAACUGAAUGUUAUUUAUUUCUACAAAAUUAUGGUUGUUUAUUAGAUCGAUAUACAUAUAAAUUAAUAAAAGAAACAUUUCUUUAUGACUUAGAACAUAAGAAAAAACGAAUAAUACAAUCAUCAACAAAAAUAAUACAAUUAAUAAAAUUAAUUAUUGAUUUACGAUUGAAAGAAAAUUCACCAAAGAAUAAUUCGACAAUAUCAAAUGAUGUUUUUAAAAAACUUCAUCUUAAACCAAUUGAUGAAAAACUGAGUACAUUAUCAAAAACACAAAUCAACGGAAAUUUAUCAAAUAAAAAUCAACGGUCACAUAUUGAAAAUUCUAAAAUACCUUUAUCAAAUUUUUUAACAGAAUCAUCGUCAAAUAAUAAACUGAAUCAUCCAGUAGAUCCAUUAAUUAAAUGUUAUUAUCGACAUAUAAAUCAACAAAUUGAUUUAAUUAUACGACGUUAUUCAUAUUUAUUAGAUAGUGAAUAUACAACUUCAUCGUUUAUAACUGAAGGUAAAGCAUUAGUCGUUGCAGGACAUAAACUUGUGUUUGUUCUUGAAACACUUCAUGAACAUUUACAUCAAAUACAAACACCAUUAAUUCAUCUAACAACACAAUUAUGUGAAACUUUAACAAAUUCAAUUCAAUUACUUAAACAAUUCAGUCAACAAAAUUGUACAAAUAUUCAAAAACUAAUGAUUCAAUUUAAACAAGACAUAAAAAUGAUUAUGAAUAUAGUCAAAAGAAUAAAACAAAAUUGUAGUUUAGCAUAA